AUGUGGGACAAGGAACGAAAUCACCACCUCUUCACUCAGGAAGCCCUGACGAUGGCCCAGCCUCUCCUCGACAACAUUGCAGCCUUUGACCUCACGAUGCUCCUCACCCACGGCACACCAACACUGGAAGCGUCGCUCACGAAGAACCACAUGCGUCCCGACAACAUCUUCGCCUCCCCAGAUGUGGCCAGCCAACUCUUGUCAUGUGACACUAUCCCCACGCUCCACCCUCCAUUCACCAACCACAUUCCCAUCUCACUUACACUAGACGUCUCCACACACACAACGCAAGAUGUUCCACAUCGGAACUUCCGCGAGGUCGAUUGGGAGGACUUCUGCUUGAAGAGGAACCUGAGCUCCCGCAUGCUUGGGGAAGGGGAGAUCUCUACUCCAGAACAGUUCAACACUGUCCUGAAGAACUUGACAGGUGCCAUCACUGCGACGAUUGAGGACAAGGUCCCACUCUCGAAACCAACGCCGUUCACGAAGCGUUGGUGGUCCAAAGACCUUACUAAGUCUUGGAAACGCGUACAGCGCCUUGCACGAACCUCCUACAAAUUCCGGCACAUCGCAGACCACUCAUCGCACAUGGAAUACCGCAGGACACGCAACCGAUAUGGUGAGGAGAUCAAGACUGCCAAACAAGACCACUGGGAGGUGUGGCUGGAGUCCGCAGACCCAGACUCUAUCUGGACGAUCAACCGAUUCACUUCAGCAGGACCGACAGAUGGUAGCCGACCGCGAGUGCCCCCACUGAGGGAAGGUGGUGAGUCACCUGCAGACGACAAUGCAGCCAAGAGCGCAAUCCUGUACAAGACAUUCUUCCCACCCCCGGGCCCCCCACCGACCAUACCCAAUGGUCACAGAUAUGGACGCCCCACAUUCCGCUUCUCCCCUAUCACAGAUGCACAGAUCGAGACUGUAAUCAAGAAGCUGCAUGACCACAGGGCACCGGGGCCAGACGGCGCUUCUAACGAGGUAUACAAACACUGUAUAGACUUACUCCUUCCAUGCCUAGGUCGCCUUUUCCGUGGAACCUUCAACCUGCAGGUCUACCCCACCGAAUGGAAGACAUCGAACACAGUGGCCCUACGAAAGCCUGGUCGCCCAGACUACUCCAUAGCCAAAUCCUACCGGCCUAUUGCGCUCCUUAACUGCACCGGUAAGAUCUUAUCUGCAUGUGUCACUAACAUCCUUGUCUACGAAUCAGAGGCGCACAACCUCCUCGCCCGCAACCACUUCGGAGGCCGCCCAGGCCAACGCACCACAGACUCUCUCCACCUGCUGGUCAAAUCGGUCAAGGAUGCAUGGCGACAAGGGAAAGUAGCUUCCAUCCUCUUCCUGGACAUAAAAGCUGCCUUCCCCAGUGCAAGCCUAGACCGCCUUUUCCACAAUAUGCGCAGGCGGGGAGUCCCCAUAGAGAUCGUUAAUUGGCUCCGCAGGCACCUCGAAGGACGACACACCAGGAUUCUCUUCGACGACUUCAAAUUGGCACUCUUCGAGAUCCUCAGUGGCAUAGACCAAGGCUGCCCCCUCUCCGUCAUCCUUUAUGAGUUCUACAACUCUGAUCUCUUUGAGAUCGCCCACAGGAUCCCCCACUCACUAGCGCUCGGCUACAUUGAUGACACAGCGAUCAUUGCCACAGGAAAGGACUACACAGAGACACAUGCUACCCUCUGCAACUACAUGGAUGGCCGCAAUGGUGCGAUGACAUGGUCUAACACCCACCAAUCAGAGUUCUCACCCGACAAGUUUGGCCUCAUCAACAUGUCUGCAUCGUCGCGUGACCCAGGCCAGUCACUUCGUCUAUGUACGGCGAUGAUCGAACCCGCAGUGUCACACAAGUUCCUUGGUGUCAUUAUUGACCGCCACCUCCGAUUCCACGAGCAAUGCGCAGGGGCAUUAGCGAAAGGCACCGCCUGGAUACAACAGUUCCGACGUCUUGCCAGAGCCUCUGGCGGCAUACCCUUCUCACACAUGCGACGCCUCUACCUUAGCAUAGCAGUCCCAUGCAUGCUGUAUGCAGCAGACGUGUUUCUCACCCCUGUUAGGAAAGUCCCAGGAUGA